UCUCUGAUUAAUUUACAAGCAAGUGUUGUUAGACGUUUUGUAUCCUGUCCUGUGGGGCGGAAUUUUCAUUAAGUCAAUGCGAUGUGUUUUUUCAUGUCCAUAGAAUGAUUGGCAGCUGGAGCGCUAGCGCACAACGCGUAAGAAUUUUCUCAGCAUAGCGCAGGUUUUGAUCAGGAGUAGCUGGCUGUGUGUAGUUUUUAAUGGAGUGAUGAACUUUUGUUUACAGUAAAGGAAUAUUUUGACCAAUAUUUUCAACAUGAAUUUGUCGGACGAGAUGCUGACGACUCCUAAUGCUCAAUAUUUGCAUCCGGACUACUUGCAGCCGUUACCGACAACACUGGACGCAAAGAAAAGUCCUUUGGCUCUGUUAGCGCAGACGUGUAGCAGCAUUGGAAAGGAUCCUUCUCCGAAUAGCAAGCCUAUAAUUCCCCCGUUUGGAAAAAAGGAACCGGAAAAGGCACAAGAAAAAUCACAGACUCCAGAAAAUAAAAGAUCUGGUUCGUCUAAUAGCAAAACAGAGGUCCAGCAAACUCGUGAUUUGUCAUCAAGUGAAAAACCGGGAUUCAGAACUGUGCCGUCAAAAGACCUACCUCCCUUGGUACAAGUGAGUUCCCAGGAAAAGCCGAAAUCCCCAGUAACGCCUGUGAAAAAGUCGGUAGAACAGGCGAAAGUGUCUGUUUCUAAGACCCCCUCGCACAGUUCACCGUCUCCGUGUAGUACCAGCUCCCAAACCAAAGUAGCAAGUAGCCGGGACUCGGAUACCGAGCCCGAACCUCGGGAGUCUACGGCAAAAAGUCGAGGCUCACCGGAAACCUCGAUAUCAUCGAAAACGAAUCCAUUUUCACCCGUUACCGGAUUUCCUGGCUUUUCCGGUUUUCCACAUGCAUAUCCAGGGUUUCCUUAUUUAGGACACGGUCUUCCAGGUGAACUGCCGUCUUCCAUUCCAUACCCAUCCCCUCUUUCUGCACAUGCUGGACUAUAUUCUUCAAGCAGUGCCGCGGCGGCAAUGGCUCUAGCCCAGAGUCAAGCAGCAGCCCUAAAGCACACCUCGGCACUUUCCUCCCCCUAUGUCACAUACACCCGUGUUCGAACUCCUUCAGGAUCGACAACUUUAGUACCCGUAUGUCGUGAUCCAUAUUGCAACAAUUGUCAACUAACUAUGCAAACCCAGCACUUGUCCUCACAAUGCACUUCCCCAGGAUGUGCUCAAUGUGCACAUGAGAAAUCCCUUCUUAGUCUAAGUGGACUUGGAUUACCAGGAUCAGUUCCAAUGCUCCCGGGAUUUCCGGGGUCAGCAGCGGCAAGUUCCGGACUUCCUUCCUUACCGUCAUCGCUUUCAUCUCUUUAUCCACCAGGAGCACUCGGAACCCCUCAUGGACUACCCUUUGUGUGUAACUGGAUGUCGGGUACUGACUAUUGUGGGAAACGUUUUACAAAUUCGGAAGAACUCUUACAACAUUUAAGGACUCACACCACCACAUCAGAGGCUAAUUCCCUCGCCGCGGCUUACGGGGGAUUUCCAGGAUUUCCUUCGGCCCUCAACCCAGUUUCCCACCUCCCCACCCCAGGUGCUGUGAGUCCUAAUUCCAUCAGGAGAUCGUACCCCACGAGUCUGAGCCCUGUCAGCAGCUUGUUGGGGGCGAACAGAUACCACCCGUACAAAUCCUCUCUCCUACCCAGCCAAAGUGUUCCUCCAUUAGGACCCUACUACUCACCUUAUGCACUUUAUCAACAACGAUUGGGGGCAGUACCAUAACGAUAUAUUUUUUUUUGUGGAAAUCCGUUUGUUUGUGUGUGCCAAUGUUAUAUAUAAAAAUAUCAGAAUAUGGGAGUUUCGACAGUGCUAUGUAUGUGGAAUGUGUUAGAAUUCUAUUGUGUUUAUUUAUGACCAAAUUUUAUAUGUAAUAUCAGAAGUGUUUUUUAAAAAUAUUUUCAUCAUUAAAAUGUGGAAAUUA